UUGUUCAACACAAUGAAAAGUAUAUAUACAUAAUGGUCAGAGCAUAAACUCUUAAUUGAGAUACCAAAAAGUAUAAAACCACAAAAACAGCUUGCCAUUGACAUAAAGAAUUAAAUCAGAAACUAAACUUUUACAGCAGAAAUGCUUUCUACAAAGAUCUAAUUACGUAUAAGGGUUAAUUCAACAGAAGAACAACAACUUCGUUUGUUUAUUUGACAAAUUGAUCGAAUUCCCGCAAUAAGUCUUCAUUGUUUCGACAAAACCAAUUACAAUCUAACAUCAGCCAAAUAACAAAUCAAAUCUCAAUUAGGCAUCUGAAUUGAAGAGCUCAACAGAAAAGUGACGCCGAUUUUUGGAUUUGAGGAAUCAUAAGAAUUGGGGAAAUUUACUAAUUGGCAAAUCAGAAGAGGGUUUAGGACAAUACAACUUCUGGAAAAAGAGCGUAUAUAUUGAAACAUGAGUGUGAUCAAAGAUGAAGUAGUGUUCAAGGGGCGAACUGUAUUCAACCAAAUAAAACUGAAGCCAAGUGGAGAAGCCAGCAGCAAUGAAUCAAAUAAGUGGCCCAAAUUCAUGGCUGUGAACGAAAAUAGCAGCCGAAUCAACUACUACCAAGUGGACUACAACGAGGACGAAGGAAUCAAGUUCAAGUCUAUGUGGACAAUGGACUUCGACAAAAUACACGAUUUUGAUUUCAUCGGGGAUUUCUUGGUGAUAGCCGACGGUGAAUUAUCCGAAAAACAAUUGUUGAAAAUUUCGUUACAAGACAGGAAACCAACGAACAUACCAACAAAACAGGUGUCAUCUAGAGGUGCAUGGAAGCUCAGUUGCCUGGAGUCGAAGCAAAUUAUUGCUUUGUAUGUAAAACACACGAACGAUCUACACUUCUACGAGAACUUUGAACAUUCAUUCUAUGUACAGAGCCCCUUCUCUGGUCAAAUUAGUCAGUUACAAAUCACGCAAGACUUCCUUAUAAUAGGACAACUGGAGAAACACAUCGUUCAAGUCUAUAAAACUAAUCUUACUCACAAGACGCUCAGCGCAUUUAUACAAAUUGAAGGAUUUUGGGGAAACUUUGCUAUUCAUGGCGCUUUAUUGUACACAUCAAUAAUGGGAAGUCAGAAGGAGGUAGUAGUGACAAAUCUGAAGAGUAAGUCUCAGCAUCACCUAGAAGCAGAAACAAAAUUUGUACCUCUCGUCGCUCUUGAUGAUAAAAUAUUGCUGACAAAAGAAAGACAUAAUAACACUACAAUUCACGUCUUUAUAAUUCCCGCAAUUGAUUCUGCUCAAUCAGAGAUGGUUAAUUAAAUACAGUAUUGAAAUCAAAGUUUUC